UGAGUGGUAAAUCAACGUUAUCCAACGUAUUAUGUAAUACUGAUGAUUUUAGCGAAAAUGAAUAUAUAAUUAAAAAAGAUUUCGAAUGGAAUGGAUUAAAAUACUAUAUGAUUGAAAUUGUAUUUGGAUCAAUUGAAAAGAAAGUUUAUAAUGAAAUAAUAGAUUUGAUGCCAGAAGGGAUAAGUCAAGUUUUAUUUGUGGUCGACAAAAGUUUUACGACAGAAGAAAAGAUAAUGUUGGAGUCAUAUAAAAGAAUUAUCUUUGAAACUGGUAUUCUUGAAUAUGUUACUAUUAUAAGAAAUAAAUUUGAUGAUUUUAGCAUUAAAAAUGAGUGUGAAAGGGAUAAAAAACAUGUGUUUGAAGAAAAUGAGAUAAUUACUGAGAUAGUUAAGUCGUGCAAUAAUACCAUCUACAUAAAUAAUCCUCCAAUAUUUACUUGUGAUGAAGAUGAAAUCAUUGUUAACAGAGAUAUAAGGAAAAGGUCAAGAGCUAUAUUACUAAAUUAUUUGGAGAAAGAAUGUCAGGAAGAAUACUACAAAUUAGAAAAUUGGGACGAUUUACAAAGUAAGAUUGCCGGUUAUUCUAAAUUAAAUAAGGAAUUUACUGAAGAAGUGAAAAAAGCUGAUAAUACAAUUGAUGCCGACGACUUAUAUAUUUCUUCUGAUUGUCUAAAUCCAAAUUCAUUAAGCAUGCUUAAUAAACUACAAGAUGAUCAUAAAGAAGAACCAAUUGAAGGUUCAUCUUCAAAAUAUUAUCAAGAAUGUGAUGGCGAACCAAAAUCAAGUCCCGAUACUGAAGAAGUAUAUGAAAUUUUAAAUACAGGUAUAAAAUAAUUUAAUGUAGACAAUGAAUUCAAAGAAAAACUAAUGAGUUUAGUUUAAAUAUAGAUAAGAACAAACUGGGAAAAAAUCGGUAUACCGAUACGGAUCGGUCAGAAAAAUCCAUUGUCGAAGAAUAUAUCACAUAUUAUGAAUAUUCAGAAUUUAAAAUAAUACGAAAGAUAGGGAAUGGUUCAUUUGGAAGCGUCUAUUGUGCUUCUUGGAAAAAUACUGACCAAAUUUUUGCUCUAAAAUGUUUCAAUGG